AUGACUAGGAUAUUAGUAGAAGCAAAUUUAAAUGGAUUUCCCUCUAAAGCGUAUUAUACAAGAUUAGAGGGGUUACCGGAUUUGUGUUUUCAGGAACCUAAAAAAGAGGAAGUUAAAGGUAUUUUAGAGAGUAUUGUAGAAAUUAAAUAUAAUUCUCAAAAAAUCCUGAAUUCUUUUUGUGAUUUAUCUUAUGUUGGUGCAAAUACUGAUAAAUGUUUUAAGGAAUGUGAUCGCCUUUAUUACUGGAUUGGGGAUAUGCUAUAUAAUAAGCUAGGAAGUAAUGAUGAAUUUUAUAGUAUUUUUAAUAAAUUACAAGAUGGACAAAAUAUGAUUGGCUCUUCCGGUCAAUGUAAAUGUAAAUUUCCUAAAGGUGUUAAUACUGAUGAUUUUGAAACCAUGAAGACAGUGUAUGAUUAUUCAUUAGAUAACGCAACAAUUAAAGAAGAACUUAACGAGGGUGAUAUUUCCUGUGAUGAAUAUUAUAUGAGCCAUCUUCGUAAAUAUGUUAAUAAAUAUAACGAUGUUUUUAGAGCUUGUGUAUAUGGAAAAACAAAAACAUAUUGUGAUGAAUUUAAAAGGCAUUAUCCCUCAUAUAUGACUGAAAUAAUGUCUAAUUUAAAAUUUAAGUUCAAUGAUCAAAUAAUAGAAUUAAUUCAUUUAAACGUAAAAACACUUAAACUUGAAGAGAAGGAUGAAAUCCCUUCAGCAAGCGCAACUAUUAUUCCUGUGUAUAGAACUUUUAAGGCAUUUAUUCUUACUGUAUUAUCUCUAGUAUUUGUAUUAAUUUUUUUUUUCUUUAUUUAUAAGUAUAAUCCAUUAGGAACAUACAGACGAAACUUCAUGGAAAAAUAUAAUACAAUAAGACGAUAUUUAAAUGAUAUAAAUAUGCAUAAGAUUAUGGAAUGUAACUUUUAUCUUAAUCAAAAAAUCUCAGAAAGUGAUCAUUUUAAUUUAGCUUAUUAUACUUUUUGA